AUGGAACACACUACUAUCAUUAAGCUUUCCAGUGGCUGAGCUAUCAGUCUUCCAGGAAUACUCUCCCAGAAUUCUUGCAUUCCCCUUUCACUUGGACAGAGAUUAGACAUGUUUAUUUAUGAAGCCAUCUCAGAAGGAUCCCCAAUUUGCCAGAUGAAAUUGAUGGACUCUAUUGACAACGAAGUGCUAUUUCAAAAUUCCUAUGGUGUCUUUAUUAUUCCAUUAGGACCAGAAAAAUCAUGACAAUACACAACACAUGAGGGCAAGACGAAAUCCUUACUUACUUACUUAAUUAGAUUAUAGAGAAGCUCCCGGCCAGCAUUUCGGCUUUUCACGUCACUUGUUUACCACCCCCUUGCUCGCCAGUCUGGUAUCACAGCCUACGGUAAUUGUCUUGCUUCCUCCGGACAAGGGCCUGCACUUGCUACCCGGAGGUAAAGACGCUAGGCCAUCUUGCAGUACGUCAAACGAGGUUUACAUUUUCCGAAAACUCAAAAAGUGAAUUUUCUGGUCAGGAUUGUCGGCCAAGAUGAAGCUCGUAGCCCAGGGCGUAACUCCCGAUUUCACGUAGGAAAAUGCCCGAUUAGCUAAGCGAACACCCUCUAGCCUUGCUGGGCUAUCACUUUCCAACUUCCGAGUCCCUUCCUCCUCGGGGUAAAAACCUUGUCCAGGAUGUGAGCCUGCGGUCGGCAGCUCGACAUUGCACUCCAACAGACCAAGUAAAACCGGCUGGAUACACAUCACCGAACGCUGCUCUCCCUUCCACAAGACUCUAUCCAGCUACAGGUGUUAAAAGGGCAGGUUGGUUCACCACGCCAUUUUUAUGUAUCCAAGACGAAAUUCUAUCUCAGGCUGAAGUUUCAAGACUACUGCUUAUUUCUCUAUCAGAUUUAUAUAACAAAGAGAAUAUCGGAGCACUUCAAUAUCAAUUCACCGAAGCUGCACUAA